AUGGCCUACUUACUUUUAUAUGUAGAUGAUAUCAUCUUAACCGCAUCUACCGACACCCUUCUCCGCAGCAUCAUUAAAUCACUGUCUACUGAGUUUAACAUGACUGUUCUUGGCAUGCUACAUCACUUUCUUGGCAUAGCGGUUCAACCACAGAAGAAUGGCUUGUUCUUAUCUCAGUCAACAUAUGCUGCGGACAUCCUGUCACGCGCCAAUAUGACCUCGUGUAAUCCGGUUAGCACCCCUGUCGAGGUUGGUUCUAAACUUAGUGCUACUCAAGGUGCUCCCUUUGAAGACGGAUCGUUAUAUCGAAGCUUGGCUGGCGCACUUCAAUACCUAACGAUCACUCGACCCGACAUCUCGUAUGUCGUUCAACAAAUCUGUCUCUUCAUGCAUGCACCAUGUGAGCCCCACUUCCAGUUGCUCAAACGAAUUCUUCGAUACGUCAAAGGCACCCUUUCUCAAGGGUUACUUAAAUUAACGGCCUACUCGGAUGCAGAUUGGGAUGGGUGUCCAGACUCACGAUGA